AUGCAGAUGCUUCUUGAUUUCCCUCCUCAUUGGGAGUCAAGAGAAAGGGAAACUUGGGAGCGUGCAGCCAGACUUUCCCAUUUGCAUGGUCAUGAAUCUGAAUUUGCCCGCGCUGCCAGAAGCGUGUCCUCGGCCAGCUCUGCAAGCACGGCAUCACAGGCAGUAUGUCACCUUGCAUCGUCAAACCCGGUGCUUCAGAAGAAGGUUGGCGGUGAAUUGAUGUUGACACCGCACCCAGUUUCCUCAUCGCCUUCUUCGGGCAUGGUUGCGCACAGGUCUGGAGGUGCUGACAUGGCCCUGCAUCCAGUUCGCCAUGCAGAUCUUCAUCCGCUGCUCGAGCCAGGAGUGCUCGAAGAGUUUGCUCAGACAAGCGAGGGCCUGCCCACCACUUGGCGGAUGGCUUUCGCGGCAGCGAACCACCUGCGCAGAGCUGCCGGCUUCGAUGGCCUUCACGUCUACAGCAGGGAGUGGAGCGAGCGAGGGCAGGCUCAUGCCGAAUACUAUGUGGCAACGGGUCACUUUGGCCACUUCGAAGUUGCAGCCUCGGACUGGUAUACCGCUGGAGGCAACGCUGCGGCGGGGUGCAGUGGUCUCGCUUACGACGGCCGGAAUCCGCUGGACGUCUUUUGGGCAUUGCUGGAGGGACCCUUCCACCGCCGUCAGUUUUUGCACUGUGCGGCCACCUCUAUGGGUGUUGCUUAUCACAGCGGUGGCAGCGAGCACCGAGUUUGUGGGCUCUUUCCCUGCGAGCCCCACAGGGAUGCAAAGUGGUCAUGGCCCGAGCGCUUUCUGCUUUGGCCGCCUCGAAGCUACUUGCUCGCGCCCGGUGCCUUUCAUGGUGAAAGCCCAGAUCCACGGCCAGACGAGUUUCGAGACCGCCAAGUCACGGGGCUCAUCGCCAGCAUCGCUUUCACGCAGGAGGAGGACGUCGUCGCCUUCGCCGCCUUAGAAGAGGUACGCUUCACGGACUUGUGCACUGGUGAGCCCAUCGCGUUCUGGACGCGCGACCCUUCACAUCCUCCGCAGGUGUCAGCGGAGGAGUGGCUCAGGCUGUAUGGCACCGAGAAGCCCCCCAGUGGCAAUCAUCUGGAGUGUCUGCGUGAAAUCUGGGUGGGGGCGGUCGAACCGCUGAUGCCUGGCCACGAUUAUGCUCUUCACGUUUCCUUCCAGCUUGCAGGCGAGAUCGAUAAGACGGUUGUGUCUUGGGGCUUUGGCGUCGCUCCCGCCCUAGAUCACAAGAUCGGCAUGGACGGGGCCUGCUCGGACAGCCAGGCUCAGGAGGAGUUUCAGCUCAGCGUCAGCAUCUGUGGGCGCGGCGAUGCGAUCUCGCUGGGGCCUGGCACGUUCAUGCUGCCUGCGCAUUGGUGGUACGGCCAGCCCAGGCUGAUCGAGGGCCGCGGGCCGUCGCACACGAGCAUCGUCUACGGAUCCCAGGAGGCGGUCGGCCGGGCAGUGGUCCGGACGGACCUGACGUUGUGCAGCCUGAGGCUCGUCAACGAUGAGCACGAGAGUUUUCUUUGGGUCGUGCAGCCAGCGAGCGUCGUGCUGAAGGCGGUGCAGCUCGCCGCGCGUGGGCCGGUGAGGCGCUUCCAUGUCAUGCAGGGGGCAGCGUUGAGUAUGCUCGGCUGCGACCUGCGUCAAUAUGGCGGGGAGGACAGGUGCAUUGCUUACGUGCAGAGGGGAGGGCAUGCCCUUUUCGAGCAGUGCCGCGAACGCAAAGUCGAGGACCUCUGGGUGUUCAGUGAUGGCAGCAUGUGGCCCAUCAAGCCCAGCAUCGGCGGCUCGCUGCGUCGAGCUGCUCGUGCUGUUGGGCAGCUGUGGAGUCGCUUGUGA